AUGGCGGCGGCCGGCGGGGCGGCGCGGGGCGGCGGGGCCACCAGCUUCCAGCGGAAGGCCGCGGCUGGCAGCCGCCUGGCCGCUGUUGCGGGCACUCGGCCUUCCGUUCGCCAUGGGCAGCUGCUGCUCUCCAGCGGGCUCCCCUCCCUGGACUGUGUGCUAGGUGGAGGCGUAGCUGUUGGAACCCUUCUUCUUAUUGAGGAAGACAAAUACGGUCUUUACUCCAAUUUGUUGUUCAAGUAUUUUCUCGCAGAGGGAGUUGUCUGUGGACAUGACUUAUUUGUUGCUUCUGCUAAAGAGCAUCCUGACAACAUCUUAAAGGAACUUCCAGCCCCUUUGCUUGAUGAUAUCUACAGAAGUGAAUUGGGAGAAGAAACAGCAGCUGUUAAGACUGAAGAUUUUCAGGAUUCUAUGAAAAUAGCCUGGCGCUACCAAAAUUUACCAAAAAUGGAGGCCAGCCCAACAACAUCUACAAAGUUUGGCCAUUAUUAUGAUGUUUCUAAAACAAUGUCUCCAGAACUGUUUCAGUCCAUAAAAUGGCACAGUUUUUACCUUCCUGAAGAAUUGUCUUUACAGCCAAAAAUGAAAACAUGUAAUAUGAACAGUGCUUACACAAGGUUGCUUCAGUCCAUUCAGAGGAUCAUUUACCAGGAAGGGUUUGAUGGCUCUGAUCCCCAGAAAAAAAAAAAGAAUAUUUUGCGGAUAGGAAUUCAGAGUCUGGGUUCCGUGUUGUGGGGUGAUGACAUUUGUAGCAGUGAUACUCCUGAAGAUAUUCAUAGCCUUACAAAAUUUCUUUAUGUUCUUCGUGGCCUCCUCAGAAAAUCUUUGUCAGCCUGCAUCAUCACAGUGCCCACUCACCUUAUCCAGAAUAAAGCAAUUAUGGAACGUGUAACAAACUUGUCAGAUACGGUAGUUGGUCUUGAAUCAUUUAUUGGCUCUGAGAGAGAAACCAAUCCAUUAUACAAGGAUUACCACGGUUUGGUUCAUGUACAUCAGAUUCCUCGGCUUAAUAGCUUGAUCUGUGAUGUGUCAGACACGAAGGACCUUGCUUUUAGAUUAAAAAGGAAGCUGUUCACCAUUGAGUGGGUGCAAGACAACUACUUGAGACAAGAGAGGAACAUUUAUCCUCCAGGCUUCUCAUACUUACUCAAGCAGAAAGACUCUGCAUGGGGAGAAGGUUCUUUACAGCAUUCCACAUUUUUAAUGAGCUUCCUUGCAAAGGCGACUGCAUUUGCCUCCAGACUUGUCAGACACAGUGAGCCGCGCGAGCAAACAGGAUCUGGCAGAAUCCGCCAAACUGCUGAGCUCAGGAUGUGGUGCUAUGGCCAUCGGCAAGAAGCACCUGGACUUCUAGUGAUUUCUACUUAGCAGUUUCACUCAGAUUUAUAUGACACUCUAAUUAUGAGUGUUAAUGACUUAUAUAAAUAUUUUUCUUAAUGAUUUGACCCAGCAGUCUUUAAAAAUACAUGUUAUCAUAUGGUG